CACACUUUCCGGAGUCCGUGCGCUUUCCGGAGACGUCAGGCUGGUCGCCCUGCGUGAAGAAAAGUGUGAAUCAUGGAGUAAAUCGAGGCGAAAACGCAUUUGUUUAGUGAAUCGUGUGUUGUAUAUUGCAGUAGAACAGUGCUGAGGGAAUGAUGAAUCUUGUGCGGCGCGUGUGCGACGGCUUCUGGUCACCGGACGUUUGGCUGCCGCCCAACACAACCUGGGCGGACAUCGCGCCCGGGGCCCGGCCGGACGUCACCUAUGCCGACUACAGGCACCUGAUCUUCGGCCUGCCGCUGGCCCUCGUGAUCCUGGCCAUUCGCUACGUGCUGGAGAGGUACUGGCUGGCGCCCGUGGGAAAGUCCCUGGGGAUCAAGAGCUCGCGCCCGAAGCGCGCCACGCCGGUGCCGGAGCUGGAGGAGGCUUACGCGCAGUGCAGCCGACUGAGGCACAAGGCGGUGGUGACGCUGGCGAAGAGGCUGGACAUGACGGAGAGGCAGAUUGAGCGCUGGUGGCGCCACCGGCGGGCGCAGGACAAGCCAUCGACGCUGGUGAAGUUCUGCGAGAACUCCUGGCGCUGCAUCUACUACACCUACAGCUUCAUCUAUGGCAUCGUGGUGCUGUGGCACAAGCCGUGGCUGUGGAACAUCAAUCACUGCUGGUACGGUUAUCCGCAUCAGUCGGUGGACAAUGAUAUUUGGUGGUACUACAUGAUCUCCAUGGCCUUCUACUGGUCGCUCACCAUCUCGCAGUUCCGCGAUGUGAAGCGAAAAGACUUCUGGCAGAUGUUUGUGCAUCACAUGGUGACACUGCUGCUGCUCGGCCUCAGCUGGGUCUGCAAUAUGCAUCGCGUGGGCUCACUCGUGCUGGCCGUGCACGAUUGCGCGGACAUCUUCUUGGAGGCGGCGAAGCUCACCAAGUAUGCAAACUACCAAAAAGUCUGUGACACCAUUUUUGCCAUCUUCACUGUUGUCUGGAUCGUCACGCGUCUCGGCUUCUUCCCGCGAAUUCUCUACAACACAUCCGUUGAGGCGCCGCGGAUUCUGCCGAUGUUUCCUGCUUACUACAUCUUCAACAGUCUUCUGAUUCUGCUGCUGAUUCUGCACGUGGUGUGGACCUACUUGAUCCUCCAGAUCGCCUACAGGGCGGUGCAAUCGGGCCAGAUGGAGGGUGACAUCAGGUCCAGCUCGAGUGACUUCUCCGAGAGCUCGGAAAACAUGACGCCCGUGCAGAAUGGCACGCCCAUCAUGAAGACGAAGACACCAAAGUCUCCCAAUGCCGCCAAGAGUGCGGCACAACAGCAUGAGAAGAAGACGGGCUAAUCACACGUGCUUCAUCAGCACGAAUCACACCCACACACACACACACACACACACACACAAGUCACGCUAAAGUAGAAUUUAGAGGUUUAAGGGGAGGGAGAGAAAGAGAAAGAGAGAGAGAGAGAUGUUUGAUAGUGCAUGUGGAUUAUUUAAGCUGACAAUCGCCUUUACUGUGCAUUUGAUUGAAAAAAAGAUGGAUUAGAAAUUAGAGAAGAAUGGAAUUUAGGACAAGUGCGCGCCUCCAAAAGAUGCAUUAUACUCUUUACAUUAAUUGUCCUUCUUUUUUGGCUAGAAAAAAACAAACAUACAAUACUUAUACAAUCAUCUAGGAUUUCUUUGUUGUCCAUUCCAUUUAAAAAAAAAAGUCUUUAAAAGCAAGAUCUUUGACAGCCUUUGCAAUUUUCACACUUUGCAAAUUACAAACCAACAGAAAAUAUAUCUGGAGACUUUGAUGUAUAAGUCGCUGGAUUUCUUACUAAAUUUAUGUAUUCCAAUCGUAUAUAUAUAUAUUUAGAAACAAAGAAUAAUGUGCAGAGCAACUUAAAUACUGUAAAAGGAUGAGAUCAUUGUAUAAAUAAAUCUACCUACCAUAA